CCGGCUAGGAAGGCAUCCAUCUGGUGUGUGUGUGUGUAUCUCCUUGGGAAGUGCCAUCCACGGAUUGUGUUGCAUUCUGUUCCUGUCAGAAAGUAUCCAGCGAUCCGAGUGGAGCAGCAGCAGCAACAGCAGGCCUGUAGAGGAGAGCUAUAGCCAUGUCUUCCAGCUCAGCGAUGGUGCGGAUCCUGAUUAAGGGUGGAAAAGUGGUGAACGACGACUGCACCCAGGAGGCCGACGUCUACAUCGAGAAUGGUAUCAUCCAGCAGGUGGGGAAGGAGCUGAUGAUCCCAGGUGGGGCCAAAGUGAUCGAUGCCUCGGGCAAACUGGUCCUCCCCGGGGGCAUCGACACCAGCGUCCACCUGGAGGAGAGCUUCAUGAACGCCACCACGGCGGACGACUACUACAGCGGCACCAAGGCGGCUCUGGCUGGCGGUACAACAAUGGUGAUCGGUCACGUUCUGCCAGAGAAGAAUGAGUCUUUGCUGGAGGCCUACGAGCAGUGCCGCAGCUCGGCGGACUCCAAAACCUGCUGUGACUACGCUCUGCACGUGGGAGUUACUUGGUGGGGACCCAAGGUACGAGCUGAGAUGGAGAAGCUGGUGAGAGAGAAAGGAGUGAAUUCCUUUCAGAUGUUCAUGGCCUAUAAGGACAUGUUCAUGCUGAGAGACAGCGAGCUUUUCCAGGCCCUGCAGCACUGUAAGGACAUUGGAGCUAUCGCAAGAGUCCAUGCUGAGAACGGGGAGCUGGUGGCAGAGGGUGCAAAGGAAGCACUGGACCUGGGCAUCAGUGGCCCUGAGGGGAUUGAAAUCAGCAGGCCUGAGGAGCUGGAAGCAGAGGCGACCCACAGGGCAAUUACCAUCGCCAACAGGGCCCACUGCCCGAUCUAUCUUGUGAAUGUGUCCAGUAUGUCUGCAGGAGAUGUUGUGGCUACAGCCAAGAUGCAAGGUAAGGUCGUCCACGGGGAAACAACCACGGCCUACACUGUGCUGAAUGGUAUGCAGUACUAUCAUCAUGACUGGGCCCAUGCUGCUGCCCAUGUUACCGUACCCCCUCUUCGCCUGGACCCCAGUACUCCCAAUUUCCUAAUGAGCCUGCUGGGAAAUGACACUCUCAACGUUUUGGGGUCCGAUCAUCGUCCAUUCACCAUCAAACAGAGAGCCAUGGGCAAGGAUGAUUUCACAAAGAUCCCCCAUGGGCUCCCUGGUAUUCAGGACCGCAUGAGCGUGAUCUGGGAGAAAGGAGUGAUUGGAGGUAAAAUGGAUGAGAAUCGCUUUGUAGCAGUCACAAGCUCGAAUGCAGCCAAGAUCUACAACCUCUACCCCAGGAAAGGCAGGAUCAUCCCAGGAGCAGAUGCUGAUGUGGUUGUCUGGGACCCCGAGGGAUCCAAGACCAUUUCUGUGGAUAACCAGGUCCAGGGAGGAGAUAUAAACCUGUAUGAAGGCCUUCGCUGUCAUGGCGUGCCCCUGGUCACCAUCAGCCGUGGGCGCCUGGUCUAUGAAAAUGGCAUUUUCACAUGUGCUGAAGGCUCUGGAAAGUUUUGCCCCCUGAGAACCUUCCCAGAUUAUCUUUACAAGAAGAUGGUUCAGAGGGAAAAGUGCCAGGCGCUGAAAGCUGUGGAGCGGGAGCCAUACACAGGUGAAGUUGUUGCGGUGGCCAACUCAGGAAAGAGGGACUUUGGGGCCUCAGAUCUGGACACUCCGACACGCCCCUGCACCAGGCACGGGGGUGUGAGGGACCUCCACGAGUCCAGCUUCAGCCUGUCUGGUGCCCAGAUCGAUGACAACAUUCCAAAGAGAUCCUCGGCCAGGAUCCUGGCUCCUCCUGGAGGGAGAUCCAGCGGGAUCUGGUAACUAAUUAGUUGGUUGUCACAUGAAGCGGAAGAAUGAUACCUGAGGGAAACAUAUGGCCAAGCAAAGAUGACUUGUUUUUCUUUGUGAAAGCUUAGAAUACAUGUGGGGUAAUGGAGUCAUGUUUUCAUUUUGAACUCAGCACAUUUAUUUAGGAUUGUAAAACAUUAAACUGUAUGACAUUGCCGUAAUAAUAUUGAACAUGGAUCAAGGUAAACCUUUUGUUAAGUGAUUAUAGCUACCAAAUUUCAGUCAAGUUUUAACAAAAAAUAUGCAGCAAAUAAAAAAGAUAAGUUGCCAGUGAAUUACUUUGGUUAUUGGAUUACCUUAGGGCAAAAUAGUUUUAGGAAUGUGAGUCUUGGUUUUUAUGAUGCGAUUGUGUUACCUCACUGUAAAGUACAAUUUUGCACUUGUAUCAUGUACUAUUUAGAUGCCUUUUUACAUGAUUUAAUGUCACAAAUGUCACAGAUGUCUUUUAACUGCAAGUCAUGGUGAAUGAAAUGUAAUAAAUUAUUACAAGGGUGUCGGCAUGACCUUAAUAAGGAAAAAAAAAAAAAUUGUUGCAAUUGACCAAUUGAUGAAAAACAAGAUAAUGCAAGAUAACCUUUUAAAUGUGUUUGUUUAUUUAUUUUUUAUAUUGCAUUAUUUAAACUAUUUCCCUUUGAUGCUACUGUGUUAAGAGUUAUUUCCUGAAAAAGAAUGAGGUCUUUGUUCAGUAGUUCAUCAUUGUCAGAUUAGCAUUUCAGAUCAUGUUUACAGCCUUAUAGCAGAAUAGACUUCUGUUCCACCCCUACCAAAUGUGAAUGAACCUAUGCUGUGUACUGUGCAUGGUAGCAUAGUUAGAACUACUGUAGUGAGCACUAAUAUUGCAGCAUUCUUUGUGAUCGUACUCAUUUUCCACAGACAGCAAAAAGUCUCACCCAAACUGCCUUUUUCUCACCUGAGAACACUGACACCCUGAAACACACCCUCCCAUACUGCCGCUACAGGUCAUGACCUCUGACAUGAUGACUGCUGUCAUUUCUUUUUCCCUAUUUUUGAUUUGUUCUGGUCUGAAACUGCAGCGUUUAAAACGUUCCUCUGACUGACACUUCUAAUGUAACAUAGCACUGUGAAGCUUAGAGAAGGUGAAGAGAUCCUCCUUAGCAUUCACGCUGAAGUUUUAACAGCAGAGAUAUUAGUGAAUGAAUGCUGUUUCUUCAGGGGAUCAAAUGCCGUCACAUGCCAGUGAAAGCUCGGCUUCAUAACUGGAAGGCAUGCUUGUUUAGCAACUACAGAAAAGCACUGAUACUUUGUCAAGUUCUCAACUACUGUAUUUUUAUUGUUUGUUUUUAGUUACAGUAUUUUUCUUGUGAAUAAUUGUCUUAGAUUUUGAUUUUGUUGUAUUUUUGUGGAAACUGCAGUGUAAGCACGGAUGCACACAAGAUUUAGCUCAUGUUCAGAACAUCAUCAUGCUACAGUCAAAGUCCCAUGACGUUGUUUUUUGGACAGAUUUCACUUUUGAUCUUUAGAAACUCCAGCAAAUCCUGUUGUGUCUUCCCCCUCCAAAUGUACACUGGUGCUGAACAAUGUGUUGUCACAUUGAAUUCCUUUUCAUCUCUUCAUUUUUUCUUGCAGCUCUUUAUCACAUGAUUUGAGUGCAAAUA